UUUAUGGCGGAUUGUUUAACAGUAAUGAAUAGACUCUGCGGUAACACAAGAUCUAUUCACGUAAAAAACAACCUUGGUUAUAAGAAGAGAAGGAUCUUGAUCGGAUCUACUAUGGUCUUUGAAUGUCAAAGGGAUUCCUAUAAAACGGAAUUUACAUCAAAAGUUGUUUCCUGCACUGAAUCCAAACCACAUGAGUAUGAGAUAGUUUUGGAAGACACAAUUUUGUUUCCUGAAGGUGGCGGACAACCCUGUGAUCAAGGAACUAUAAAUGAUGUUCCUGUGUUUCAAGUGACCAGGCGAGGUGCUCUUGCCGUACAUGUUGUAAAGGAAGAAAUUUCUGUUGAUAGUGAGGUGAAGUUGAAAGUAGACUGGACACGAAGAUUUGAUCAUAUGCAGCAGCAUUCUGGACAACAUCUCAUAACUGCGGUUAUUGAUGAAAAAUAUGGAUACAAAACAUUGUCGUGGGAACUUGGUAAAUCGAAGACGGCAAUUGAUCUGGAUUGCUCGAAGUUAACAUCAGAUCAAAUGGAAGAGAUUGAAGAAGAGUGCAACAGAAUAAUCAGAAAUCACAGUGAUGUUAAAGUUCAUGUUUACGAAUCUGCAAAGGACCCGGAAUUACAAAAGGUUCGAACUCGUGGUUUGCCGGAUGAUCACGUGGGCCAAGUACGAGUUGUAGAGAUUGAAGGAUUGGAGAUGAAUAUGUGUUGUGGUACCCAUGUCCGUAAUCUUAGUGAUCUUCAGAUGAUCAAGCUUCUCCAUACCGAAUCGACCAAGGGAUGCACUCGCUUGUUUUUUCUUGCUGGGAAACGAGUCUUGGAAUUUGCACGCAAAGCAUAUGAGAACGAAAAGGGACUUUCGAAGAUAUUAAGUUGUGGUCCCGAUGAGCAUGUCGCCAUGGUUGAUAAAAUGCAGAAAUCACUGAAAGCUGCCAAUAAGGCCAACCGACUGCAGUUACGAGAGUUAGCGUUACUUGAAGUAUACAAGAUUAAAUCAAAGGAGAAGAAACCGAACUACGUUUGCAUUCACAGAGAUGAUGCCGACAUGGAAUUUAUGAAUGCUGUUGUAAAUGGGUUGAACAACAAGGACAUCCUGCUUUUUAUUACGUGUGGUGCUCCUAAAGGUCCUGGAAUGUUUCUUCUGGCCGGACAAGAAACCGCUGUUUCUCAACUUGGUCCAAAAGUGGCCUCAUUACUUCAAGGUAAAGGUGGAGGAAAGAAAGGACGUUUUCAAGGAAAGGUAAGUAGUUUGGCUGAUCGCGAUGCCAUUGAAAACCUUCUUCGAGAAUAUUUCCCCGAAAAUUCAUGAUAAACCGAUGGUGAUGAACCUAUUGAAAAGUGCCUUUUCAGUACCAGUACCCCUGUUUACACUACAUUGCGCACUCAUUUUUUCAACUUUCCAAAGAAAGAAUUAAAUCUAAUAAUCUUACAGUAUAUAUCAUGUUCAAGUUCCUAGAAAUAUAUACUUUAGUGACAGAGCAUGUAAUGUAUAAUUAAAUAAUCAAUCAUAGAAACAAAAUAUUGUCCAAAAGUUCUAAA